AUGACAGCAGAAUCAUUAUCUCAAUGGGAUGCGAUACGCAAUCGAUCUCACCAUCCUGCAGUGUUCCUAUGGGUCCUGUAUUGUUCAGGAAAGAAGGACUGCUCUCCCGACACCAUAGCUUCUUACUGGAACCUGCGAAAUCUGCANACCAACACCAGCAGCAGCAGCGGUGCAGCAGAAUCGGUGCACGGCAGCAGACAAGUGAACGUCGCUACGAGCACGCUUGGCCUCCACGACAUCAAGCCCGUCAUAACCGGAGAAAAUCGCCUCGUUUCGAAACGCACCGGAAGCGAUGGCCCGCCGCCGCCGACGUCGACACCGGAAGACGCGACAGCAGAGCCGCUGGCGGAUGAAACGGUCGCGAAGGAAACCACUGCGAGUUCUCUACCGAAUGAAUCUAUGGUGGACACGACCGCAGCGCCUCUGGUGGAGAGGAUGGCUUCCGAUCCGAGUGAACGUAAGGAUGGACGCAUGAGCUCCGCCGACAUCAUCUGGAUUGCAAUGAACGCAGCUAAGGUGGUCGGUGACGACCCAGUGUCGCUACAUCGGAGGAAGAACUACAGGAUACCUCCCGUGAAGAAUCCGCUACCUGGCCGCGCGACAGACCUGAUGGAGGUGUGGUAUCAGGCGCACGCUAGCAACCCGUACCCGCGAGGCAGCGAGCUACACGGCCUGGCGGAGGAAGCGCACAUCACCGUGGUGCAGACGAAAGCCUGGUUCAUCAGGAGAAGACGCAAGGCGAACAAGCAGAAGCGCAUAGAGGAGGAGGAGCGAAUGAGAGAGCGACAGAAACGCGAGGGCGCCCUCUCGCGGAAUCUUCCCACGGCGACGGUGGCCGCGACGCCCAUGACGAUGGCAUUCCGAAACCCGAUGGCGGAAUACUACACGAUGACGUCACUGCAGACGGAAGCGACNCGCACCGGAAGCGACGGCCCGCCGCCGCCGACGUCGACACCGGAAGACACGACAGCAGCGCCGCUGGCGGAUGAAACGGUCGCGAAGGAAACCACUGCGAGUUCUCUACCGAAUGAGUCUAUGGUGGACACGACCGCAGCGCCUCUGGUGGAGAUGAUGGCUUCCGAUCUGAGUGAACGUAAGGAUGGACGCAUGAGCUCCGCCGACAUCAUCUGGAUUGCAAUGAACGCAGCUAAGGUGGUCGGUGACGACCCAGUGUCGCUACAUCCGAGGAAGAACUACAGGAUACCUCCCGUGAAGAAUCCGCUACCUGGCCGCGCGACAGACCUGAUGGAG